ACGAUGACGCAUGAUAGAGAGACUAUUUUUGAGUUUCGUUAUUAAAGUCUUUCGUUUUGGAAAGACAGUAAAGAAAAGGAAACCCGAGAAGCAGAAUCGAAGAAGAUGAGUAAGAAAACCAAGACGAUGAACCCUAAAAUCAAAGAAGAAAUGGAUGUGGAUGAAUUGAUUAAAGCAGCUCAAGAUGAAUUAUUACUGAAACUCAGUGUCAAUUCGCAUACAACUACGAAUAAUCUCGAUUUAGAUCUUCUUCAUCGAUUUCAAGCUCUUAAAUCAAACAACAAAAAACCCUCUGUUCCUUCAUCUUCAUCGAAAACACCAGCUGCUGAUUCUGUUUCUUCUAACGUUUCAUUGCCGAGGAAUGAAUGUCUGGAUCUGGAUAGUAGAUUUAAUGCUCUGAAGAACAGAUCUGGUUCUUCUGCAACCGCGGCUGAGAUUGGACGGUUGGGAUUGGAUGGUGAUGAUCAGAGUGAUGGUGAUGAAGAUGAUGAGGUUGAGAAGUUGAUUAGGUGGGCGAAAGAUGCUGCCCGGCUUGAUCCUUCUCCGCCGUCCGACGAUGAUGUUGGUGGUGAUCAAGAAGAUGAUAGUGAUGAUGAUGAUCUCGAGGAUACCGAUGAAGAUGAUGAGGAGAUAAGGAAAAAGAGUAAAGUGAAAAGCACGAAGAAGCGGUAGAAGAGUUUGUUGUGCCACUGUUUUACACUGUGUUUUUUUUUUUGGUGCAUUUUAGCUGACCAACUUGCAUUUUCUUACAUUAUUUUCCUGUUUUUGUUACUGUUUUUUGGUGAUCAAAAUUUACCAACAAUAAAUUAACUUCCACCCAAAAGCAAUGCUACUUGAAGAAAUGUGAGACCCGUAACUCUUAAAUUAAAUCAACUU